UUACUUUGGCGAAGAAUACUAGAAAAUCACUGAGCCCAGAUAACUUUGACAGACAUAGAUGUAAUGAUGAAUACAAGUGAACGGAAUGGUGGCUGAGGUUAAGUUGACAAUUUAAUGUUUUCAAACUAAUGAACAGCUAAAUGCUACAUUUAAGUAUCAUGGGAUAGUUCUCUUUAUUUACCGUUCAUAUAAUUUAUUUCGCCUUGAAGCUAUGGCUACUCACAAAUCUGGAGGCCAAAGUGGCAGGAAGAAAGUUCAGGUAUCUUUCGUGAUACGAGAUGAAAUAGAAAAAAGGCACAGGGCAGGAGUUAAUUCCUUACAGUAUGACCCGCAUCUCCAGCGGCUGUACUCUGCUGGUCGUGACUCCAUUGUGCGUAUUUGGAACUGUCGUAACAUGAAGGAUCCAUAUCUACAAUCAAUGGAACAUCAUACAGAUUGGGUCAAUGACAUCGUUCUUUGUUGUGGAGGAAAAAACUUGAUUUCAGCAAGCUCAGACACCACAGUAAAGGUCUGGAAUGCACACAAAGGAUUUUGCAUGUCCACCUUGCGCACUCAUAAAGAUUAUGUGAAAGCUCUGGCAUAUGCCAAGGACAGAGAGCAAGUUGCAUCCGCUGGCCUAGAUAGGGCUAUUUUCUUAUGGGAUGUGAAUACACUGACAGCCCUCACAGCAAGCAACAACACUGUUACAACUUCUUCACUGAAUGGAAAUAAGGAUUCGAUAUACAGUCUUGCCAUGAACCCAUCGGGAACAAUUAUUGUCAGUGGAAGCACAGAAAAGGUCUUAAGAGUUUGGGAUCCAAGGUCCUGCAGCAAAUUAAUGAAACUUAAAGGUCAUUCAGACAAUGUAAAAGCUCUUGUUGUCAAUCGUGAUGGGUCUCAGUGUAUAUCAGGAAGUUCUGAUGGAACAAUUAAAUUAUGGUCUCUGGCACAACAGCGGUGUUUGACCACUUUAAGAAUACAUGAAGAGGGUGUAUGGGCUCUUCUGACAACAGAUAACUUCAGCCAUGUAAUAUCUGGAGGACGUGAUCAGAAAAUUUACAUGACCGACCUGCGAAACCCUGACCGACGAACUCUUAUUUGUGAAGAGAGUGCACCUGUUCUGAAAAUGGUAAUGGGACCAGAUCAGACUUCAAUAUGGGUCGCUACUUCUGAAUCAUCCAUAAAAAACUGGCUGCUGCCAAAAAGAGAUGCAGUGGGAGAUACUGCAGAUGAUGAUGGUCUCAAGCCUUUGAACCUAAAACCUGAUCCAGUUAUAAAAGGCGGGCCUGCAGUGAGACAUUACCACAUAUUAAAUGACAAGAGACACAUUUUGACAAAAGACACUGAGAACAAUGUAAUGGUUUACGAUGUUUUAAAGGCUUGUAAAAUUGAAGAUCUGGGGCAAGUUGAUUUUGAGGAGGAAAUAAAAAAGAGGUUUAAAAUGGUAUAUGUUCCUAACUGGUUUAAUGUUGACUUGAAAACUGGGAUGCUUACCAUUCAUUUGGGGCAAGAUGAAAAUGACUGCUUUUCGGCAUGGGUUUCAGCGAGAGAAGCAGGGCUUGCACCAAAUGACACAGUUGAUCAAAAAGUGAACUAUGGCAAUUUACUUCUGCAAGCUUUAUUAGAACAUUGGUGGAGACCACUGCAAGUUGAUGAAGAUGCAGAGUGUCACCCUGAUCAAGCUGGAGGUGGCCAGAGUCAGGGUGGCAAUGAGUACUUUUCUGUGCCAGGACAUACACCAGUUAUCUUCAGUGAAGUAGGUGGUCGAACGCUUUAUCGUUUGUUAGUACGUGAUGCUGGAGGGGAAACUGAAGGAGUUUUACUCAAUGAGACAGUACCGCCAUGGGUGAAUGAUAUUGUUGUUGAGAAAAACUUGCCAAAAUUUAUUAAAAUACCAUUCUACCUUCUGCCCCAUGCCACAUCAGGAGUAAAAAGUCUAAAAAAGGACCGAUUAAUAGCCAAUGAUUUCAUACAAGUGAGAAAAGUUGCUGAACAUGUGUAUGAAAAGGUGUUGGGUGCUGGUUCUGAAUCUGGCUCAGUAGCUGGUCCUAGUUCUCCCAGUGGAACAGAUCCAGAAAGACAGGAAACAGGAUCUAUAGCUGAAGAAAGGGUUGAACUUCUGUGUAAUGAUCAGGUCCUAGAUUCAAAUAUGGAUCUUCGAACAGUGAGACAUUUCAUCUGGAAAUCAUCCACUGACCUUAUGCUACAUUAUAGACCACUGAAAUAGUACCAGGGUUGCCCCGCUGUGUUGUGGUUAAUGCGCAAGCGGAAUAGUUAGAUGAACAUAAGCUGACAGAUUAUGAAUGUGGAACUGGCCAGUACAUAAGGAAUACUGUUAUUGUUAGAAAGCAGUUAUUCAUAUUACUUAUUGACUGGUUACAUUCUGCAAUGAGCAAACUUUCCACAAUUACAGUGCUCAAAAUUGCAAUUAGUUACAUGUGAGUUGCUGUAAGGGAAGUUCUAAGUGAAUUUAUACACCCAUCAGCCAGUUGUUCCUGCCAACACGUGCUACGUAUAUGAUGACAGUGUUUAAAAGUGGAAUCUGAUUUUUAACUUUUCCAUGGGUUACAUUCCACUGAAUUUAACUGAUCUGUAUAUUUCUCAUAGCUGUAAAUAUUGUAUAAUAUGUCAGAAACAUUUAUUACUGAAAUAUAUCGUAUAAAUAUUAAUUUGUAACCAUAGGGUCUUACUUUUAUCAUUAUUUGUAUCUUGUUAUUGUAUUGAUGUAUUAGUAAUUUUGUCAGUGUUAUGCCUCAUAUUCUUCACUUAUUUUCCUUUUAUAUUUCAUGAACGUGUAUUAUAAUUAUGAAUGACAUCUCUAAAAUGGAAAAUGUGUGUGUGUGUGUGUGUGUGUGUGUGUGUGUGUGUGUGUGUGUGUGUGAGAGAGAGAGAGAGAGAGAGAGAGAGAGAGAGAGAGAGAGAGACUGGAUUAAUUGGCCUGUAUAUAAGAAAUAUUGCCUUUUGUAUACUAUUUAUCCACCUGUCCUACUGUUUGUGAUGUUGAAUCUGUUAUCAGGUUAUUCUUCAGUGUCAUGUACAUACCUCAUUGUGACAUAUCUUUGUACAAAUUUAAAUGUCACUUACUUCCAGUAUUGUAAGUGCUGGGAGCUGAAGUCGGAAAGAAAUUUUAAAUGUGUAUUCACUGGCAUUGAGUUGCUUAAGUAAUCAAAGACUUUAAUGGUAACAUUAUAUGCGAUUCCCUUUGCAAGCAAGGGUUCCAGUCUCAGAACAUGUAGAAGACAAUUAUUUUAUUCACAAGAAUUAUUGCAGAAAAGGUUGUGACACCUUGUUCAUGUGAUAAACAGUGACUGUUUAAAAUUGUAUUUUUUCUUUACUUGUGUUAACCAGAUUGUGUUUUGCAGAUGUUUAAAAUGCUGGUACCAAAUUACAAAAACAGAAAAUGUAUUAAAGUUUUUGUUUGUUGGUCAUGUUUUCUCAAGCAUUGAGUUAUUGGUUUACUUUAAUCUGUUGCAUGUUUUAUGCUGUCAGAUAAAGUAAUGAUUUAAAUUCCACAGUUGCAGUACUUUAUUGUUUUACAUGCUUUUGUGAUACUUAAAAGUAAUUAAGUACUACUCAUUGAGUCAUGCCAGAACAUAAUGCUAUGUUCAAAAGCCAAGGAAUAGUACAAGUUAAACAUGCAGCUUAUAUGCUGAUUUACAGUAAUAAAAUAUUAAAAAAAUGUGA